AUGAUCAGGUUUAUGUUGAUCCAGAACAGGGCAGGGAAGACCAGGUUAGCAAAAUGGUACAUGAGUUUUGAUGACGAGGAGAAACAAAAACUUAUUGAAGAGGUUCAUGCAUGCGUAACAGUCCGAGACGCAAAACAUACCAAUUUUGUAGAGUUCAGAAACUACAAGAUAGUUUAUAGAAGAUAUGCUGGUCUUUACUUUUGUAUGUGUGUCGACGUUGAAGAGAAUAACCUGAUGUGCCUAGAAGCUAUUCAUAAUUUUGUUGAGGUUCUGAAUGAAUACUUCCACAACGUAUGUGAGCUGGACUUGGUGUUCAACUUCUAUAAAGUUUACACGGUAGUGGACGAAAUGUUCCUUGCGGGGGAGAUAAGGGAGACAAGUCAAAACAAGGUGUUGCGUCAACUUACUGCUCUUAACCAGCUGGAGUGAAACUGUUUGUGAGGGAGGAAUGUGAGGAGUGUUAGGAAUGUCGAUAUAACAACAUUUUUAUUGUGAUAUUUUACACUGCUGGCAGAUCAAUACAAAGAUUGUUUCUUGAAUUUCGUUUACGAUUGGUUAGCUUUUAGAUUAAAUCUGGGUGAAAAAUUGUUAUUAUGUUUAUAAUACAUUCAUGUUCAUCGCUUAUAUACGAACACUCGUACUGUUAGUACUAUUUUUAGAUCAGAGAUAGAGACAUAUUGAAGAUGUCGAAACGUAUCAUGUACAUGUACAGGGCGGUCUGUACGUAUAUUCUUACGUUCAAAUGGCAUUUCAGGUUCAAAAGUUUUGCAUUUGAGGUAACAUUUAAAUCGUUGAUAUUUUGAACAAUAUAUAGCUUCUUUAAGAGCCCUUUAUAUUUUAGGCGUAUUGAGUAAAUUGUGGCAUCUUUAGCUUUUGUAUGACUACUUCGGUAAGAUUUUUACUUAGAUUUCAAAGUAACCAUAACCGAAGUUAAUCUUGCUAUUGUUCGAGCUGAUCAUUUGCAUUUAACUCAUGUGCAUGUUUUGCACAGGUGCAUGUCAUGUCUUACUGUUAUUUUUGAUUGUUUAUAAUGUAAUUUACUAAUUUUGAUGUAUCACAUACUUUGUG